AUGCUUGAAGGUCUCGUUGCCGGGUUGCUUAACCGCUUCCUGGGCAUGUACGUCAAGAACUUCGAUCCUACACAGCUCAAGGUUGGCAUCUGGUCCGGCGACGUCAAGCUGCGCAACCUCGAAUUACGCCGCGAAGCCCUCGAUCAGCUCAAGCUGCCCAUCAACGUUGUCUACAUCCAGGAUGUCUACCUGCUUGCUUCGCCCAAGGAGGAGGCUGAGUAUAACGAGGAGGAAGAGGAACGCCGCAAGCAGCGCAUCAAGAUGGAAAAGCUGGACUCUGCCGAACUGCUCAAGGAGAGGAAUCAGGAAGGUCUCAGCCCCGAAGAACAAAAGCGCAGCCAGAGCUUUGCCUCGAGCCUCGUCACCAAGAUUGUCGACAACCUGCAGGUGACCGUCAAGAACAUUCACGUCCGCUACGAGGAUGCCAUCUCGGCCCCGGGCCACCCCUUCGCCCUCGGUCUCACUCUCGAGGAGUUCAGCGCCGUCAGCACCGAUGGAGAGUGGCAGCCUACCUUCAUCCAGGACUCCACCAAGACCACCCACAAGCUAGCUACCUUGGGCGCCUUGGCUGUCUACUGGGAUACGGACGCAACACUUCUGGGUCCGGGACGCGAAGCUGUUACGCCGGGUUAUCAACCAAAACCCCAUGACGAAAUCCUCGCCGGCUUCAGGUCUAUGAUCGCCAAGACAGAUGGCGACCUCCCCGAGAACCAUCAGUUCAUACUGAAACCCGUCUCCGGCCAGGCCAAGCUCGAGCUCGAUAAAACAGGCGACUCCACCGUUCCAAAAUUCAAGGCAAACCUCCUCUUUGACGAAAUCGGUGUCGUGCUGGACGAUUAUCAGUACCGAGAUGCUCUCAUGAUGGUCGACUUAUUCCACUACUUCAUUCGACACCAAGAAUACAAAAAAUACCAACCAAAGGGCGUUCGGCCGAAAGAAGAUCCCCGUGCUUGGCUCCAGUUUGCCGGUAAUGCUGUCCUGAGCAAGAUCCACGACCGAAACCGGAGGUGGUCCUGGGACUAUUUCCGCGAGCGACGAGACGACCGCAAACGAUACAUUGAGCUCUUCAAGAAACGCAAGCAAGGCCAGCAACUGUCUCCUGAGGAGAACGAUGAUUUGACGAAACUCGAGUGGAAACUCGACUAUGAAGACCUGCGGUUCUGGAGAUCCUUGGCACGCAAUCAGCUCAAGAGAGAAAACGCAGAAGCCCUCAGGAACCGCCCUCCCCCACCGGCUCAACCUCAACAGCAGGGCUGGAUUGCUUGGGCCCUUGGCUCCAAGCCUAAGCAACAGCAACAACAGGAAAAGCAGCAGGAGGACGAGAAUACCCAAAUCACAGAAGAACAGCGCAAGGAGCUGUACGAAGUCAUCGACUGGGACGAAAAGACGGCUCUUGCCGCUGAGGUCGAUGUGCCAAGAGACACUGUUCAGAUGCAGCUCGAAGCAUCUCUCAGCACUGGCAGUUUUACUCUCAAGCAGAACCCACAUGGUGAUUCAAGAGAUCUCAUCAGUCUUCAUUUCGAUGUCUUCAAAGCCAAGGGCCUCAAACGCCCUGACUCUUUCCUUGCUGACGUUAGCCUGGGUGGUCUGCGUGUCAAUGAUGGCACCACACCCAAUAGUCUGUUCAAGGAAAUUGUCCGCGUCAAGGAUGCUCCUGAUAACCAGAUAGCGCAUCGCAUGUCCAUUGCCGAGCUUGAACAGAACAGCGACGAAGCUUUCUUCCAGUUCCAGGUUGAACAAAAUCCUCUGGAUGGCCAGGGAGAUAUUGCAGUUACAGCUAAGCUGAAGCCGCUCGAGAUUGUCUGGAACCCCAAUGUUGUCGUUGGCGUUGUUGACUUUUUCCGUCCUCCCGAGAGACACAUGGAUUCCAUCAACGCGCUCAUGGAGACUGCUGGCGCCACGGUCGAGGGUUUGCGCGCGCAGACCAGAGCUGGCCUUGAGUUUGCUCUCGAGGAGCACAAGACGCUGAACGCAAAGCUCGAUCUUCAGGCUCCUCUCAUUAUUAUCCCCGAGAGCAUCACCAGCAAGAUGUCCACCUGCCUCAUCCUGGAUGCAGGUCACAUUAGCGUCAACAGUGAACUGGUGGACAAGGAUACGAUGAAGGAGGUGCAAUCGAAACAAAAACAGACAUUCACAGACGAGGACUUGAAGACGCUCGAGUCGCUCAUGUAUGACCGCUUCCUCGUCAAACUUUCCUCCACGCAGGUUUUGAUCGGACCGUCCAUUGAGGAGACCAAGAAGCAAUUGGUCGACAAGGAUGACAAGAUGCUGCAUAUUGUCGACAAGAUCACCGUGGAUUUUGUGGUGGAGACAUCAAUCCUUCCCAAGGCGCCGAACUUGACAAAGCUCAAAGUGUCUGGUCACUUGCCCGUCUUGCAUGCCAGUGUAUCUGAUGCCAAGUACAAGAGUUUGAUGCGUAUCAUUGACGUUGCGAUACCGAAACUCGCUGGAGCUGACGCCCCGUCGCAACCAACAGGUCAGCCUGGUCCGCGUCCCCGUUUGGCGAGCAACGCUUCAACGGCAUCACAUAGGUUGUUGGAGCAUAGACCGUCGACCCAACUGCUACCCUUCAGUACCAGUCAUCAGCAAGCCAUCAUUCUGGAUGACGAUGACCUCGACGAGGACGAAGAUGCUUUUGAAGACGCCAAGGAUGGUUCAGCAACUGAUCAGCUAAAGCUUCAACAACGCAAUUUCGAGUUCAAGUUCGCAGUAGAUGAGUUGAAGGGAUCGCUCUACCGUAGUGAUCCAGAUGGAAAGGCACCUGACCAGCUGCUUGUCGAUUUGGUGGCUCAGCGCUUUGACCUCCAGUUCUACAUUCGCCCCUUCGACAUGUCUGCUGAGGUUUCUCUCGGAUCGGUCACCGUGGAUGACUUCGUUGAUAACCCGCCAGCCGAGUUCAAGGCUAUCGUAUCGUCUGGCGAUGUUGAAGAAAGUGGAGAGAUACAGGACUUGGUCCGCGUCAAAUUCGUCAAAGUCAGGAAGGAUUCGCCCGAGUUCAUGCCUGUGUAUGAUGGCGUUGAGACAAACCUGGAUGUGGCAAUUUCCACCAUCAAUCUUGUCGUAACACGCAAGACGCUGCUCACACUUCUUGACUUCGUUCUCGUCACUUUCACCAACACUGCCAAUCCGAAUCCUCCUCCUCAAAACGCGAUUACUGAUGAUGGCUCGGAGACCAGCAUCGAGGUUGAGCCUCCAGCCUCACCGCAACAGACUACCGACGGUGCAAUUCGGGUCAAGGUUGAUCUUAAGAGUAUCAGGUUGAUUCUGAAUAAUGAUGGCAUCCGUCUAGCUACUCUGUCGUUCAACCAUGCCGACGUUGGUGUGUUUAUUCUCGGAAAGACCAUGCGUGUUGCUGCAAGACUGGGCGAUUUGAACCUUGUUGACGAUGUCAAUCUUGGUGUCUCCGAGGAUUCAAGCAUACGCCAGUUGGUAGCCAUCCAGGGAGAAGAGCUUGCCGAUUUCCGUUACGAGACGUUCGACGCUGGUCGCCCCGAAUCGUAUCCUGGAUAUGACUCCUCGAUUUUCCUGCGGGCUGGGUCUGUCAAGAUCAACUUCUUGGAGGAGCCUUUUCGCAAGAUUGUCGAAUUCCUUGUCAAGUUCGGCAAGAUGCAGGCUAUCUACAACGCCGCUCGUCAAGCUGCUGCUAAUCAAGCCAACCAGUUCCAGCAAAGCCCGAGCAAGGUCAAGUUCGAUGUUGUCGUCAAAACUCCCAUUGUCGUGUUCCCCAGAGAUGUCCGCCCCGACCGGCCCAAGCGUGAUCUCAUCACGGCUUAUCUUGGUGAGAUCUACGCACAGAACAAGUUUGUACCACUCGACGACUCGGAGAAUGCCGAUAUCGCCAUGAAGUUAACUGCAGGAAUUCGCAACAUCAGACUCACUUCCAACUUCCAUUACACUGAUGGCCAGGAGGAAGAACUCGAACUCAUCGACAAGGUUGACCUUGGCUUCCAGAUCACCUAUGCUGAACACAAGGAGGGUAUCAAGCGGCCCGAUUUGGAGAUCGAGGGCAACAUGUCAGAUUUCAAUUUGCGGUUGACCCAGUACCAACUAAACUCACUGCUUGAGAUUUCGCGUUCUGUCCCUGCUGCCUUUUCCGGUGACUCCGAACAGAACAGGCUCGAUGCCGAACGCGAAGUCGAUGACAGGACCCUUAGUAAGGCCAGGACCAUGUCGGGCUUUGACGAUAACGGCGGCAACGAACAGCUCAUUGACCUGGGCCCGGAGCUUGGCCCGCAAGCUGAGACCUGGACGAAGUUGGAUCUCAUUUUCACCGUCAACACUAUUGGUUUGGAGUUGAUCAAUGCUCCGGAAGACCAGCCCGUCGGUGAUCUCGAUACCGCGAGUCUGUCCAAAUUCAGUCUCGAUUCCAGCAGACUGAAGACUCGUAUGGACUCCAACGGAAGUCUCGAGGCCGAGUUUGUCAUUCAGUCUUUCACAAUCUACGAUACACGCCAACGUGAGACGAACAAGUUCCGUCGCAUCAUGACAAGCGGCAACAAGGACGUUCAGCAGUUGAUGGCCAGCGUCACCAUGUCUGGAGGAAAGGAGAGGAACAUCAUUGCCAUGGUCGCCAUUGAUAGCCCUCGCGUCAUCUUUGCACUUGAUUACCUUUUCGCUAUCGGGCAAUUCGUCACUGUGGGCCUGAAAGUACCGGAGCCUGAGGUCCCAGAGAAAAGCCCGCUCGACACACCUGAUGAUAUGAGCGAUGCAGAGUCCAUGGCAGUUUCAUACACCGGCAGACGGUCUGAUAGCAUCGAUCAGCGCCGUGAGCCCCCUGACCCCCCGACGGAGCCGCCGAAGGAAGAGUCUAAGAUGCGCAUUGCCUAUCGGGUUAACGUGGUCGACGCUCAGGUUAUCCUGAUUGCCAAUCCGCUCAGCUCCAGUUCCGAGGCCAUUGUCUUGGGUACCAAGCAAGUUCUUCUGUCACAACAGCAUGCAUUGACAUUCCAGAUUUCCGAGUGUGGAAUGUUCCUGUGCCGCAUGGAUCGUUUCGAUGAUUCACGCCUGAGGAUCAUCGACGACUUCUCAGUUCAAAUGUCCAUGGAUACGUCAAAGCCCUUCACCACCAACAUUCAUGUGGAUAUUGAGCCGCUUAUCCUCAGAGUGUCGCUUCGGGAUAUUUUGCUUGUCAUGCAAAUUGUGAGCAAGGCAUCGGAGCUGUCAGGCAACGAAUCCACUGAGCCGAAGGGUACUGCGUCGGAUCAGAAAGCGAAGCAGCUCAAAUCUUCCGGCAUGAAGCAACGAACCGCCAGUGGCAAGGGAACAUCUACUGUCGCGAACAAGUCUAAGCGCACGGGCACCAAAACUGUGGCAACCGAUCCGCGGUCCCAGAAAGGAGGCCAACAACCGCAUGAUAUCACCAAGACACCGCCAAGAUAUGAACAACUCACGGCAGCAAUUGAAGGAAUUCGGGUUGUCCUCAUUGGAGAUGUGCAUGAACUUCCUAUUCUUGACUUGAGCAUCAAGUCCUUCUCGACUAGCGCAGAGAAUUGGUCUUCGAACCUUAAGGCGGAGGCAGCAAUCGAGAUGUACACCAACAUUUACAAUUUCGCCAAGUCGGCCUGGGAGCCGCUCAUUGAACCCUGGCAAGUGGGCUUUGGGGUUGCCCGUGAUCAAAGUACCGGCUUGAUGUCAGUCGACGUCUCAUCCAAGAAGACUUUCGAUGUGACUCUUUCAACUGCUAGCAUUGCACUGCUCUCCAAAUCAAUGGCUUUCCUCACCAAAGAUGAGGACGUGCUAGGCAAGCCUCGUGGCGUUGAAGCGCCAUACCGUAUCCGCAACUACACCGGCUUCAACAUCAUCAUGCAAGCCAAGAGAGAGAGCACCGAAGAAACCGCACCCCUUCGUCUUGAUGAUGGCCAGGAGACUCCAUGGAGCUUUGAGAAUUGGGAAAAGGUGCGAGAGAGCCUUUCUGGCGAAAGCAACAGCACUAGCAAUGUGGCCAUCCAGUUGGAGGGUAGUGGCUUCGAUGCAGUCAAGAACAUCCGAAUCAAUCGCGAGGGAGAAUUCCUUUAUGCCCUCAAGCCCAAGACCGAUGAGGUAUUGCACAAGCUCAUGGUCGAUGUAAAACUUGGCACAGACAACGUCAAGUAUGUCACUCUGCGCAGUCCGCUGCCUGCCCCCGUCGGCGCUGUCUACAUGAAGAGCUUGCUCAUCCGCCCUGAUCCCGGUUUUGGCUAUGGCUGGAGCACUGAUACACUCUGGUGGAGAGACCUGUUGAAGCGUCCGACCAAGACGUUGAUGUGCAAGGGUGAACAUGGCGACCCCUUUUACUUCCAGCUGUCAGCUCGAAACUAUCCGUAUAUGCGCUUGAAACUCUCCGCCCCCGUCACCAUCGAAAACCUACUGCCCUAUGACUUCAAGUAUAGGAUCUAUGACAAGAACACCAAGAAGGACUGGUCCAACUUCCUUCGCAAGGGCGGGGUUAGCCCCGUGCACGUCGUCGAGCUGUCCCAUCUGCUCCUCCUUAGUAUCGAUAUGCAGGAGACCGUCUUCAAGCCAAGCGAGUUCGCGAUCAUAAACUCUGGCACCUCUGAAGACUUCCGCAAGGAGACAAACCUUGUAUGCAAGGAUGAUUCGGGCCUGGCGCUCCAUCUGAAGUUGCAUUACUUCCGCAUUCCCAACAGCGGUGGCGCCUUCAAGGUCACUGUCUACUGCCCCUACAUAAUCCUCAACAAGACGGGGCUUGAUGUAGGCAUUCGGUCCAAGGGCUUCAUGCAGCAUGCCAAGGCGGCGGCUGGCCAGCUUCUGGUUGAUGUCGAUGAAAGCCCUCGCAAAGCCCAGCCGCUCAUGUUCUCCUUUGGUAGCGACGACCACAGGAACCGCGCUUUGCUCAAGAUUGCCGAUUCCGAUUGGAGUAGGCCGCAAAGUUUCGACGCUAUCGGUAGUACCACCGAGGUGGUGCUCAACUCGCCCUCCCGCAAUACCGAGAUCCAUCUGGGUGUCACAGUCGACUCAGGCCAUGGCAAGUACAAGAUGGUGAAGACAGUCACUCUUGCACCAAGAUAUGUCAUUCAGAACAGGCUCGGCGAAGACAUCAAUAUCCGAGAGCCAAGUUCGUCGUCACUACUUGAGCUUCAGACCGGCGCUCUUCGCCCGCUGCACUUCCUUCAAAGAGGUGCUGUCAAACAGCUCUGUCUCUGCUAUCCGGGCGUCGAUAACCAGUGGACCGCUCCCUUCAACAUCUCAGAUCUAGGCACCACGCAUAUCAAGAUUGCUCGAGCCGGUCAACGGCAGAGACUCAUUAGGGUUGAGACACUCAUGGAGGAGUCGACCAUUUUCUUGAACUUGACCAUGGAGAAGAAGAACUGGCCCUUCUCGAUGCGAAACGAGAGUGACACUGAGUUCACUUUCUACCAGGCCAACCCGAAUAUCGACGAGGACGGCAUCGAAGACCGCUCCGGCUGGCGUCCCGUGCGUUACCGCCUUCCGCCCCGAAGCAUCAUGCCCUACGCGUGGGACUUCCCGGCUGCCAAGAACAAGGAGGUUUGCAUCAGUGCCAAUGGCAAGGACCGACAUGUGAAGCUGGCAGAAAUUGGUAACCUGAUUCCGAUGAAGUUCGUUGGCGCUAAUGGCCAGACCAAGGUCAUCGACAUCAAUGUCACUGCCGAUGGACCGACGCAGACCCUGAUCCUGUCCAACUUCAAGCAGUCAAAGAGUUUGUACAAGCAGAAGUCUAAUGCUGGCUCGACAGACCGUGGUAUGUUUGAAGCGAAGGAGUUGGAUACAGGUGUCACCUUCCGCGCGCAGUUAAGGCUUUCGGGCAUUGGCAUUUCGUUGAUCAACUCCCAACUGAAGGAACUGGCCUACAUCACCUUCAGAGAUGUGCAACUUCGGUACAGCGAUUCACAUUUGUACCAGACUAUCAGUCUGGCAGUCAAAUGGAUCCAAAUCGACAACCAGCUGUACGGAGGCAUCUUCCCCAUGAUCUUAUAUCCCAGUGUCGUGCCGAAGCGCGCGCAGGAGAUCGAGGCCCACCCAUCGUUGCAUGCCAUGGUAACUCGCGUCAAGGACGACUCGUAUGGUGUUGAGUACAUCAAGUAUGCAACAGUUCUCUUGCAAGAGAUGACUGUCGAGCUUGACGAAGACUUCAUCUAUGCCGUGCUCGAUUUCUCCAAGGUACCGGGUGCAUCGUGGUCUUCAUCCGAUGAAGAGGACAAGCUUUGCGAUGACAACAUUGACGUGCCGCAGCCGAAGCAACUGGCGGCUGGCCGUGACAUCUACUUCGAAGUGUUGAACAUCCAACCGAUGCAGCUCGACUUGUCGUUUGUGAGGACGGAGCGUGUGAACGUGGAAGACAAGACAUCCUCAAAGAACCCAGUCAUGUUCUUCUUCAACGUCAUGACCAUGGCCAUUGGCAACAUCAACGAUGCCCCCGUCCGCUUCAACGCCCUCAUGCUCGAGAACAUGCGCGUCUCUGUUCCGGUUCUGAUCCAGAAUAUCUCGAAUCACUACAGUCAAGAGGCUCUCUACCAGGUACACAACAUUCUGGGAAGUGCCGAUUUCCUGGGCAACCCAGUCGGUCUGUUCAACAACAUCAGCUCUGGAUUCGCCGAUAUCUUUUACGAGCCAUACCAGGGUCUCAUCAUGUCCGACAGGCCUGAAGAUUUCGGCAUCGGUCUAGCCCGCGGCGCCGGUUCCUUCGUCAAGAAGUCUGUUUUCGGCUUCAGUGACUCCUUCUCCAAGGUCACUGGUAGUUUCGCCAAGGGCCUCGCGGCUGCCACGAUGGAUAAGCAAUUCCAGGACCGUCGCCGCAUUACACGUGCUCGCAACCAUCCCAAGCAUGCCCUUUUCGGCGUCACCUCAGGCGCCAACAGUCUGUUUACCUCUGUUGCUUCGGGUGUUGGAGGCCUUGCCCGCAAACCGCUCGAGGGCGCGGAGCAGGAAGGUGCUCUCGGCUUCUUCAAGGGUAUCGGCAAAGGCGUGGUUGGUCUCGCUACCAAGCCAGCCAUUGGUGUCCUAGACUUUGCUUCCAACGUCAGCGAAGGCGUGCGCAACACCACCACCGUCUUUGACGGAUCCGAACUCGACCGCGUCAGACUACCAAGAUACAUCCCCGCGGACGGUAUUGUCAGGCCUUACAGCCAGCGCGAGGCGCUUGGCCAGAGCUGGCUCAAGCAAAUUGACAACGGCAAGUACUUCGAUGAGCAGUACAUUGCCCAUCUUGAGCUGCCAACGGAGGACAUGGUUGUCAUGGUCACGUUUGCACGGAUCUUGCUCAUUAGAAGCAGGAAGUUGCAGACGGAGUGGGACGUGCCGCUGAAGGAUGUACAGACUAUUGCAAAGGAGAGGACGGGCUUGAGCCUAACUCUGAGAGGAGGAACCAAUGGCCCCUUCAUUCCAAUCGGAAUGGAAAGUGGCAGGACCUUUAUCUAUCGCCAGGUGGCGAUUGCCGUGGAGGAGUUCAAUCGCCGGUUCCGUGGAUUGGAAUAA